GACGGUCAGUCGUUACGGAAAGCUGCGCGCGCGAGCACCCUUCAAACUGAGUUGAGUCGCGUUUUGAGCCAUCCAAGACAUUCAAGAAACUGCAGCAGUAAUACAAAAGAACAGAAAACGUUUUGUUAAAAAUCAACAAUUACCACACGCACAACGCAGUGCAGGCAGUUGUGGGUGGGUUAAAUUCGGAACGCCAAGCGCCUCGGUGACGGGAAAGGUCAAUUUUCUGGUGGGUGACUUUUCCCGUAGAAAUCUUACGUCCCAGAAUAAAGAAAAGCGCAAAGUUCAAAACAACAGUGAGAGUGUGCUGAACCGUUGCAGAUAUUUGAGAUUUCGGUGCAAAAAUAGCCAUUAGGCAAAGAGUGGAAGUGUGAUUGACGGAAGCACUAUAUCUUUUCAAUUUUUGAUUACGUGAUCAUACGAUAGGCGCCUUCUCCUAAGUGAGAACAUCUAAGCAAUCCAAGCGAACGGAUUGCAAUUAGCUCAGCAACGGUAAACAGGUUGACGUUUCUCACUUUGCCCCAGCCUACUCAGUUGACGAAUGAUGCGCCUCAGUAUGUCACACACCAAAAACUUCAUAGACAACAAAAUAGAGGCCAUACAGGCCAGGUGGAGUUCGUCAAAGCCGGACGGCAGAAAUAGCAGGACCUUGGAAAGGGAAACCUUCUUCGAAAAGUUUGGAACGCUCUUCAAACAGCGGUCCACCCAUUUUCUGCUCCAGUCGAAGAUCGAUGUUUCGCUGCAGGAUGAGACGGGUGGAACUCAGGAGCUGAUAGCGAACAGCACAAAACCACAAAUCAAUCCAUCUGCGGCAGUCACCAGCGAAGGAACACUAAACGUUUCGCCCGGAAAUUCUUCUAUCGAUGCACUGUACGAUGAAGACGCACUCGAUGACCUCUACGAAAAGGUUCUACUGGAAAUCAUAAACGGCAACUUCAACGUACAGGAAGUAACAGAAAAGACUCUCUUCGCGUACGCUCAGGAAGUGUUCAAGCUGAACGACAAGACCCACGAAGAGAUACUCAAACGGGCACGGUACAAACCGAUGUCCGAGGCGUACCUGAGGGUAGAGUUGGUCGAGGCCAAACUGAACGAACGCCCCAGUGUCCAGGGAGCGCUCAACCCAUUUGUGAUCAUGUACCUGCAAACGGACUUAACCAGCAAAGAGAAGAGUACCAUCUGUAAGACUACGAAUCAUCCGGUUUGGAAGCAAUGCUUUUCAAUACCAGCUGCGGAGAACAGCAAUGAAAAUUUGAUUGUGGAAGUGUACCAUUGGGACUCUAAUAUCAGCAAGGUGCAGAAGACAAUCAAAUUGUGUAAAAAGUAUGCGUACAGUUGUGUAAGGCCUAAGACUUCGUACCAGAAGUUGAUAGGAAGGACAAGCAUUGGUAUUGAGGGCAUCACAUCUUCUGGUUUAGUCUCGUGGUACACUUUGAGCAAGAAUAAGCGGACCGAUCCACAGGGAACGGUAAAGCUGAAGUUUCACUUUAGUUCCGGUCAGAACAAGGAAAAGGCCAAAAGAGACCAUGAAAUGCUCACAAAGAUGUUCCUGGAGUACGAGCUGAACAGCUCCAGUGUAGCCCGUUACUGGUGGUCGGGAAAGUUCACCAGCCCCGGAGAGGCAAUUCUCAAGCAACAUGCCAUCUGUGCCGACCUGAGUGACUGCGAAAAAGCGCUCAUCUACUGGAACGCUUACUCCGCGGUUCAUACAAGCUAUCCUAUUGCGUUCAGUUUGUUUGAAGGCCUGAUGAAUAAAAUCUACGCGUACAUAAGCAGUAACGCUGUGGACAGCGAUGAUCUGCGGAAAUUCUGGAUAGGUGCUAAGAAAAUACUGCCAUCGUGCUUCGCUGUGAUAAUUAAGUUAAGGAAACGCAUUGCCGGCGAUAAUGAUAUUGUCAAGACUGUGACUUCGGUGCUCCACAUGUUGACCAAACUGGAAAGCAUCCGGAAUACUUGUGAUAUUGAUCUAUUCAAUCCGGGUGACUACGAAUAUUUCAAGCAUAAAAUCGAGCAAAACCCCCAAAUCCAAAUAUCGGAGGUAACACUGCUAGCAGUGCGGACUGGUGCUCGUAUUUGGUUUGACCAAUCCGUGAAGGACGUCAUGAAACCGAAUUCAUCCAACGAAGAAAAACUCAUCAAUUCCAUCAAGCUGAUCCAGUUGCUGCUCAGUGAUAUCAAACGAGCAUCCACGUACUACAAGGCCACGUUCCAGAGCAUUGCGAAGAUUGACUACACGCGAGAAAUCUGCAAACAACACGAAACAAGUGUUGUCACUCAUAUUAGGCCCAUCGUGGAAGCAAUCUGCAAAACCUUCAAAAAACUCACCAUUCGAAUGGACCAACACAACCGUUUCGGCGAGAUGGAUGCCCUUGAUAUGAGCACGACCGUAUUCCAUCUCUACAUUGUGAUUAGACUGUUCCUCGAAGAGACAGAUAAAGAGCUCAAGAGUGCCCACAAUGCGGACAUUGUCAACUUCCACAGGUGGUUCACUGGAGGCAUCACUCAUUGGUGUGAUAUAUUUGCUUUGAAAGCGCUUUCAACCGUAAGCCAUGCGAUUGACCACGAUCAACUGGAGCCGGAAAAGGAUGUCGAACCAAAGCAGUCAUCCUCGGCGGCCAUAUUCUUGACCAUUGUACGGGAGAUGGAAAAGUUCUGGGAAGAAUUGGCGUGGCCAGACCCGGUUGAACUGAAUCGCUUCCUGAAGCGAAGUAUCGGGGACAUCUGCAGUUGCUGUAUCUAUUAUGUCGAUCGUAUUUCAACCAAGUUGCACCACCCGGAGGCCAACCGGAAGCAUGCGGAUCUGCCGGCAACUCUAGAGCUGGUCAAAAAAUGUGCACUGGUCAAUUCCAAUCUGUCCAUUUUGAUCGACGUACUGAAAGCCCUGCCCGACGUUUUGGGUUACUAUCAGGUGGACAUCAACGCGAACGAAGCCUCCGAGCAGAUGCUUCCGAUAAUGGGACUGAACAGUUGGAAAACCAAGACUCUGAAGCUGCUGACGGACCACUGCAUGGUGGCCAUCAAAAUCAGCAUGCGUGAGGCGCUGCACAAGCUCGAUCCGAUAAAACGUGACGUGGAGAACUUCGCCGAACAAUCGGCGGCAGUGAUCAGAGAUGACCUGAAUGGCGAUGAUUUGAAGUUGGUAGAGAACAUGUUGUGGAACCGAUUGACAGCUGAGUUCGGAGAAACGAUGAAAUCGUUGAUCGGGGUUAAAACUCCAAUAGAGAAAUUUUCAAAUUUGAAGGAUUUUUACGCCAUGAUUGCACAGGCGUACUUACCGGAAACUCAAGAACUUCAGCAAGACAGAGAGCUGGCGGAGAAACUGUAUUCUUUGGAAAAGCAACUGAGUCUUUACAGUAGCUCUACGCGAGAUUUGAUCCAUCAAUACUACCUAGCUUGUUUGGAUGCCCAAUUACGUCUGGACGAACCGGACCGAGGAGUACUUACCGUGAGGUGUUGCCUCCGCAAUGACAGUUUGGAGAUCCAAAUUAUUUCCGCCGACGGUAUAAAGCUACCACUGGAUUACAAAGGCAAUUGCGAUUCUUACGUGAAGAUAAACCUCGCGCCUGGCUAUAGGUAUUCGGACGUUCAAAUGCCGAAAACGCGAACAAAAUCCAAGAAUCACUCACCCACAUACAAUGAGAAGUUCACGAUGAAACUUUCCCAAGAACAACGAGAAGUCCCAGAUGCUUUGAUAGUGUUCAAUCUUAAAGUAUCCGAAAUGCUCGGCCUUAGCCAGAGGUACGUUGGAGAAUGCUUUGUACGGAUGGACAGCAUCCCUAUACUAGAGUCCGAGCGAGAUAUCAAAAGCAUCGAGGUGCAACAGUUGUUUCUGACGCUUCCAGAAAAUAUAGAAUCGGACUGCAUCUCGGUUCUCGAGUACCGACAAAGCGACAAGGAGGCAGUGCAAUUUUUCAAAAAGCUCAAGCAGAAAUUAGGCAAAGCAGCUUACACCGGAAGUGUGAUAAGCAUUUAUUAGAGUUGAAAAGAUGUGUCGAAUAUUUCCCUUGCAUUUACAUUUCUCACAUAAUGACAACGAAUAACAUGAAUACUAUUAUAAACACCUAGAUUUACGACUAUAAAAUAAAUGGCGAUAACUUUUUUGUAA